AUGUCCACAGCCAAAGCGCGUACGGCCCACGCCAGGGCCAUUUUGGGACCAGAGUUGCAUGACCAACUCUCAAACACCCGAGUUCUUCUCGUCGGAGCUGGCGGUAUUGGAUGCGAAUUACUGAAGAAUAUCGUCUUGACGGGCUUUGGCGAAAUCACGCUUUUGGAUCUAGACACUAUCGACCUGUCAAACCUGAAUAGACAAUUUCUGUUCAAGAAGAAGGAUGUUAAACAGAGCAAAGCUUUGGUCGCGGCGCAAACAGCCUCUGCUUUCAAUCCCAACGUUCGGAUUAUACCUAUUCACGACAACAUCAAGGAACCGCAAUAUGACAUACAAUGGUUCCAGAAAUUUGAUAUUGUUUUAAACGCUCUGGACAACCUGGAUGCGCGCAGGCACGUCAACAAAAUGUGUAUGGCCGCUCAGGUACCACUUGUAGAAUCAGGAACAGCUGGAUAUCUUGGUCAAGUGCAGCCUUUGCUUAUGGAUCGUACGGAAUGUUUUGACUGUAUACCCAAAAGCACACCUAAAACAUUCCCUGUCUGUACUAUACGCUCAACGCCAAGUCAACCCAUCCAUUGUAUAGUAUGGAGUAAGAGUUAUCUUAUGGGGCAACUAUUCGGAGAAGACGAAGAUGCAGUUGGAGAACUGGACGAGGCCGAGAAGCAGGGCGAAAACGCGCGAGAAAUUGAAACCCUAAGAAAUGAGGCUCAAGCCUUCAAAGCUGUGCGAACCGCUUUGCGAUCCUCAAGUAGCUCGGACGCUGCCAAGAUGGUGUUCCAAAAAGUCUUCAAUGCUGACAUCAAGAACCUUUUGGUCAUGGAGGAUAUGUGGCGUUCGCGUGCCCCUCCAACUCCCUUGGACUUCGACACAAUCAUGAACGAGACCCUGACGCUGAAAGACAACCUUGAGCUGUUUGUUUCAAGGUGCGUUUGGCUUGGUUGUUGCUCUUGUAAUUUUCAAUCACAUCUCCGACUUUCUCUUAGUACGAAUCGACUAGCAGCUCGACUGAAAGGGGGAGAAGACACUAUCUCGUUUGAUAAAGACGACGAUGACACUCUCGACUUCGUCACUGCGUCUUCUAACCUCCGCUCGACAGCCUAUGGCAUUGGGACUAAGACUCGUUGGGAAAUGGCUGGCAACAUUAUCCCAGCCAUUGCUACAACAAACGCCAUCGUCUCUGGCCUCAUUGUUCUACAAGCCCUCCAUCUCCUCCGCAAAACCUAUGACAAGAUGCGGAAUGUGCAUCUCCAAUUCAAACCCGCCGUUCCAUUGAGCACGAUCACUCUUAGCCCUCCAAACCCUGCCUGUGGGAUAUGUAGGGACACCUACGCCCUUCUACUCUGCGAUCCGUCCCGAGCUGUCCUGGGCGAUGUGAUCAAAGGACUUUUGGGUGACGACAAGCGGGAGGUUAGCGUCUACGAGGACAAACGGAUACUAAGUGACCCAGAUUUGGACGAUAACAAUGAAAGGACGUUGGAAAGCCUUAACGUAACACGGGGCAAGUUCUUGGCCAUCGUUGAUGAGGAAGGGGAUAGGGCAACGAUCUCAGUUGGUUUGGGCGUUUUACCGUAA